AUGAACAGAAGGUUAAAUGAAUACUCUUUGAAUGUUUAUCAAGUAGUUUGCUUGGUUAUUGGUUUGGGUUGUGUCUGGUGUAGUUCUGAUGAGGAUUCAUAUACGAAUGCGUCGGAUAAUGGUGUUAACACAACUAGGUUAGAUAAUGGUUCAGAUAAUAACAUGUUAAAUAACGAUGCUCCAGGCUGGGAUAUGGACGUUAUGUUUAGACAAGGAAUAAAGGAUCGUGCAAACAUAAUCGAAAAAGUACGCACGAUGCAAGACAUAAGUAAGAGUCGAUCAAAGCAAAUAGAUGAAUUAAAGAAGUGCCAACAGGACCUCAUGGAAAAAGAACAAGAGGCUUCUAAGAACAUGAACUCAACCCAAAGCAAUCGCAGCUUCUCUGACAAAUCAAAGGAUAGACUCAGACAGGUGAAGAUUAAGUUGAUAUCUGCACUAGUUAAAGAAGAAAUAAUACGGCAAAGUGCUGAUGUAAUUGCCCAACAAAUGGAACAAUGGUUAGAGGAAAGCAAGAAUACCCAGAUGCAACCGGGACCGCGAAUAGAGAGCAUAUGUAAUCUAAUAGAUACAGCAGAAGAACUAAGCCAAAUUGAGAGUAACUUAAUGGGCCCACAAAAUCAAUCCCCCAAUUCAUGCAGAAGCAUACUUGUCAAUGGUCUAAUCGCAAUAGGUGUCCGAUACAAUUCCCAUGGAUUAAAAAGCCGAAUCAAAGUGAUCAUAAUAGAAGAACUAAAGAAAAUACUACCUAAGAUUGAUACGUUAGACCGGGACGAUAGAACUCAAGUUAUAGAUCCAGUGAUAGAUCAAUUAUUGAAACAUAAUGAACUCGAAAGUCUCGGCAACAUAUCUAGGAUAAUUAAAGAAACGCUAGCUCAACUUGAUAAUAGGUUUAAAGAAAUGGAAGUCAAAAGUGAAAGUGAACAGGAGCCCACAGAUCCAGAGCCCUCUAAUUCAAGAACUCAAUCAAGCAAUCCCCAAACUAACAAAUCUGGCAUGGACGGUAAACCUCAUUCAAGUAGGAAGUCUGCUGACCAAGAUUCUACGUCAACUUUUGAUAGACAUGGACUUAAACAGCUCGAGUUGGAUCAAAAGGAUUGUACACUUAAGUUAGACUCAGAGCAAGAAAAGCUUCUUCGGAAGUUUAUAAGUGGCAGAAGCAACUAUGUAUUCAGCCCCGCCCCUGUUUGGAGAAUGUUUGAUAUCAACGAAGCUAAACAACACAAAAAGUAUGGACUAUCUGGUAUUAUGCCGCAAUAUGAUCAUGAGGUUUAUCUGAAACUUGAUUGGGAAGAAAGUGAACUGAUGAAGUUACUAGAUGUCUUAAAGAAGUUCAGUACAAUCAUACUCAAUCGGGAAGAGGUUGAGAUAUCGUAUCCUCGCGGCCCUGCUGGUUUGUUAGUCCUAGCCCAACUCUUAACACUGUUCGAAAACCCAGAGUUGAAUGCUAUGAAGAAACCUCUUGAGAUUACUAUCUCUUUGCCGAACAUAACUUGCCCUUCUUUGGAGUCAUCAUUCAACAAUGUUGAUUUGCAGUGCCAGUUCCGAAACCAAAUUGAGAAGAUCGAAGAGUCGCGAUACAUUAUCCGCCUGGAGGAUAUUAAUGGGCUCACAUCAGAUAUACAGAAAUUCAUUUGGCCACUAGCAACCCAUUUAUCAAUAUCCUAUAUGGGUAUAGUCCACCCUCAAAUGAAUAAGAUAGACUUUCUUAAUGAUGUCAACUGGAGAGACCAAUUCACCCUCAUAUUAGACCUAGACGACCAAAAGGACCUUACUAUUAGUUUAGGAGCCAGGACCGCGAAAGGCAAAGAUCUC